AUGCCAGGGAACGAGCGUCGCGAGCAGUUUCAGAUCGCGUGUUACUUAUUCGAUUGUACGCUUUGCCCAGACUACACCGUAGCCCAGACGCAUCGCAACAUGAAGGUCUCCUUUCUUCUGACCCGAGACCGCACCGCCAGCGCCCCGACUGCCCCAUUGGACACAGCGCUUGUUUUCGGACACUGCACUUUCCAACGGCUGGCACUGCUGUGCGCAACGCUUUCCAUCUUCAUCGCAGUAAGCAACGGUUUCGCCGCCGUGGUAUUCGCACGGCCCGUGGAACACUGGUGCAGACCACCACCGGAGCUUCCUUCCAUCCAGACCGUCGUCUGGAAGAACCAGUGUAUCCCCGUGGAACCGGACGGCACGUUCAGCAAAUGCACCCGCUACGAGCCUCUACUGGACGCGGGAAAUGCCACGGAGAACCGGACCGUGGUCUUCUGCAAUGAGUGGGACUACGACCAGGGGGGCUAUGUUACAGCACAGUUUCCAGCUGAACGGAGAGGAACUCCCCCCACUAACCGUGCAAGACUUCUUGGUGUGACAGUUGAUUCAAAAUUAACCUUUUCGCCGCACAUUGGGGAGGUUACCUCAAAAGCCCGCCGGAUGCUCGGAUUUGUGCGUCGAGUCACCCGAGGAGCUGGCCCCAGUGCAUUGCGGGACCUGUACACUGCUCUAGUGCUCCCACAACUCGAGUACUGUGCCUCAGUUUGGGACCCUUACCAGAAUUCACUGAAAGCGUCCCUCGAGAGUGUGCAACGGCGUGCCGCCUACACAGUCUUGCGGUUCCAGGCUUCCCCUGGACUGCCACAUUACCGCGACCUGUCCACGCAAGAACUUCUGAGGAUGGUGGGGUGGAACCCCCUAGCACUUCGCCGGCAGGUUGCGUCACUCCGGCUCCUUGCUGACAGCCUCCUCCCAAAAGAUCAGGAGCUCCCGCUGGUUAAAAGCUUGCGCCUUACUAGAUAUGGUGGGCUACAACCACUGUUCGGUCGCACUGUGCGUCACCAGAACUCUGUCUUGGUGAAGUGUGUAACCCUCUGGCGCUCGCUGCCAAAGACGCUGACCGACUGUCCACCCCAGGAGAAGGAGGACCUUAAAGCCUGGUGCAAGGAGGCAUCGGACUUCCUUCAGCAGUGA